AAAAUGUGCGACCUGAUGCCAGCCUCCAAGCCCGCGGAGAAAAUCGGCAAAAUGAAAAAGUUGAGGAGAACUUUGUCCGAGAGUUUCAGGAGCAUUGCAUUCAAGAAAGAAGACAGCGGCUUUGAUGAGAUAUGUGUCACAAAGAUGUCCACACGCAGCUGCCAGGGAAACGACUCGGUCAUCAAGCCCCUGGACACCAUCCCUGAGGACAAGAAGGUGAGAGUUCAGCGCACGCAGAGCGGCUUCGACCCGUUCGAGAAGCCGGCCAGUCAGGUGAAGAGGGUCCACUCCGAGAACAAUGCCUGCAUCAGUGCCAAGAGUUCCUCCAGCGGCAAGGAGUCCCCCAAACUGCGCCGACACUCCAGCCCCAGUUCUCCCACAAGCCCCAAGUUUGGGAAGGCAGAUUCCUAUGAAAAGCUGGAGAAGCUGGGAGAGGGAUCAUAUGCUACAGUGUACAAGGGGAAGAGCAAGGUGAACGGCAAACUGGUGGCUCUGAAGGUGAUUCGUCUGCAAGAGGAGGAGGGAACGCCCUUCACAGCCAUAAGAGAAGCAUCUCUUCUGAAAGGCCUGAAGCACUCGAACAUCGUGCUCCUCCAUGACAUCAUCCACACCAAGGAAACCCUGACUCUGGUCUUUGAAUAUGUGCACACAGACCUGUGUCAGUACAUGGACAGACACCCUGGGGGCCUCCAUCCAGACAACGUGAAGCUGUUCCUGUUCCAGUUACUCAGAGGCCUGUCCUACAUUCACCAGAGGUACAUCCUCCACCGUGACCUGAAACCACAGAACCUGCUCAUCGGCGACACCGGAGAGCUCAAGCUUGCUGACUUUGGACUGGCCAGAGCCAAGUCGGUCCCCAGCCACACCUACUCCAACGAGGUCGUGACCCUGUGGUACCGGCCUCCAGAUGUCCUGCUGGGAUCCACGGACUACUCCACCUGCCUGGACAUGUGGGGAGUGGGCUGCAUUUUCAUUGAGAUGAUCCAAGGAGUGGCUGCCUUUCCGGGGAUGAAGGACAUCCAGGACCAGCUGGAAAGGAUAUUCUUGGUCCUUGGCACUCCAUCUGAGGACACCUGGCCCAGUGUUUCUUCCUUGCCUCACUUCAAACCAGAUCGCUUUACAGUGUACAGUGCUAAGAAGCUCAGACAAGCAUGGAAUAAGUUGGGUUACGUGGACCAUGCUGAGGAGUUGGCCUCCAGAUUCCUCCAGUGCUUCCCAAAGAACCGCCUGUCGGCCCAGGCAGCGUUGAAACAGGAAUACUUCAGUAACCUUCCACCGCGGCUCUGGGAGCUGCAGGACAUGUCUUCUAUCUUCACUGUACCAAAUGUCAAGCUGCAGACAGAGAGCGGGGACAGCAUACAGGUGUGUGCACGGAGGAACAGUCAUGGAAAAGCUUCCUCUGGCAGCAAACACUGA